CUGCUUAACCCAGACGACCACGGCCGCCGCUGACGUUGAGUAGCCGUUCGAUUCCCCGUCGCUGGUGCUCGUCCCGUCCGGCAACCUGUAGUCAUACUUGCGGCGUCUGUUUGUUGGCGGUGAUCGCGUUGACCUCCGAAAUCACCGGCAAACACAAAGGGCUGUUACAAUCACCGUAUACACAUCACUACACGGAUCAUGUGAGAACGCCGGCACCUGGCGCCCUUAACCGUGACUCCCGACCAAAUAUUCGUUUACACGCGUUAAGAAAAUAAAGAGCUGUCAAGCCACAGUUUUGAAAACCAUUUGUAACGGUGAAUAAAAUUAAAAAAAUUGUAGUUUAAACAUCUAACAAUGCCGGCCAUCGUAUCCAACGAACUGCAAGACCUGCAAUUGCGAUCGGCUCACGUGACCGAUGAGUCUUUGGAAAGCACCCGCCGGAUGAUAGAACUGUGCGAGGGGACAAAAGAAGCGGCCAUUAAAGCUCUAGUCGAAUUGGACGACCAAGGCGAAAAAAUGGACAGGAUUGAAGAGGGAAUGGACCAGAUAAACGCCGACAUGAAGGAAGCCGAAAAAAACCUGACCGGCAUGGAAAAGUGUUGUGGCAUUUGCGUGCUCCCUUGCAACAAAUCGACGUCUUUCAAAGAGGACGAGGAUACGUGGAAAGGAAACGAAGAUGGUAAAGUGAUAAACAAACAGCCUCAGCGCGUGAUCGAAGGACCUACCGCUUCGCCACAAAGUGGUUAUGUUGUCAGGAUUACCAACGACGCCCGUGAAGUAGAAAUGGACGAGAACUUAGGGCAAGUCAAUACAAUGAUCGGAAAUCUGAGAAACAUGGCACUGGACAUGGGAUCCGAGCUCGAAAAUCAAAAUCAACAAAUCGAAACCAUCAGUACCAAAACAAAAUCAAACGAAGUGCGAAUUUCAAUGGCCAAUCAGAGGACUAGAAAUCUCCUCAAAUAAACUAGUGGUAGAACAGAAUAAAACGCAGUAGGCUUGUUGUUGUUACUUGCUAUCCCUAAAAUAAGAGUAGCUUGAAUAUUAUAAUAUCUAUGUAUUCAAAUCGUUAAUUGAAAAAUUGUGUCUUCCCUGUUAUUUUGUGCAACGUGCAAUUCAGUUAUAUAGUAGGCAAAUAACAUGCUUAAAAUUUUCAAAAUGUUAGAUUUACAUAAUAUUUAGUUGUUUUCGCAGAACAGAUGCAUAUGUGGCUUUUUUUCUGACGAUUCAAAUAAUCACUUUUUACGAUACAUUUCUAAACACAGUACGUCAAGAGCGACAUAUUGGAAAUUUCGUUAAAAGUUUAAUCGUUAAAUUGCAAAUGGUAUCUUUAUCGUAUUAUUCUAUUUCCAUUAAAGUUUUUUUUUUAAGUAACCCGUCCGUACACCACGAGCGCGUUUGUGCAAAAACAAUACCGCGUUGACUGUCUAAGUGAUGUUUUCUACUAUCAGUACUAAACUAUACCUAUACUAUUUUUGCACCAAACCCUCGGCUAGUCAAUUAUACAAAUUUCGAAACGUCUAAAAAAUGUUCUCCGGGUAUUUUAUGUGAUUUUUAUAUAUAUAUAUAUAUUAUAUUUUUUUUUUUUAGCUCAAUAUCAAUUAUUCGAAAAUGUUUUUCGUGCCGACGUGCGCUUGUAACUUUUUAACUUUUGCAGCUCAAAUCCUAUGAUUUAAAGUACCUAUAGUCAAUUUAGUAACGCUAAGACCGUGGCCGCGUUAUAAUAUUUCCGGCAAAAAGUUUUGGUACCCUCCUCACAUUGUUCGAGGAAUAAUGUUUAUUAGACAAUGCCCAAAACCUCUGAUGAUGAAUUCAAUCACUAUCAAUUUUAAAAUAGUACACAUCACACGUUGUUGUGAUUUUUAUAAAUUUAACGUUUAUACUUUGUAUUACUUGCUAAGGAAAUAAUUCGUGUUGGCCGUGCUUAGUUUACACAGACUAAGCACGGUUAACACGAAUUAUUGAUUCAAGACAAUUAAUUAGGCCCAAAUCGCAAAACCGCAUUAGUUAUAUUACCAACUACGUAUAAGUACAUAAGUCGGAAUAAAUCAAUUAGUUACCACUUACACAGGGUUAAUGCAAGUAAAGAAAUCACACAGUACCUAUACACUGUAUUAUGUACAUCUAUUAUAUUCUUAUUACUAUACAGUACAGUAGAGUACCCCUUAUUUUUCGAAGUUGAACAGUUUUUUUCUUCCUCUCAAUUUUCUCCAAGUGACAGAAAAAAAAACUGGUAUAACAACUACGCUGUAUGAUGAGUGCAAGUCGUGCCAGUGAAUGUAUAUAUAUAUAUACUUAGAUAUAAUUUAUAUAUUAUAUAUCUUCACUGGUUAGAUUUUUUUGUCAUUUUGAGACAAUUGGGAGGUAGAAAACAUAAAAAUUCGAAAAAUAUAAAAAUAAGGGACACUACCGUCAUAUUAUAUUCUGUUAUUUUUUUAAUAAUAUCACGUUUUUCAAUGAAAUUAAUAUAUUCAAAUAGGGUGCUCUUUUAUUUAUUUCUUAAGAAUCGUGGUUUGUUUUUAUUCAUUCGACUCUAUAACUGAAGCUAUUCUACAUGCUAUAGGUACUCAUUAAUAUCUAUUUAUAAUAUUUAAUGUCACCGGUUCUGAAUGGUUAUUCAGAUAUCGCUACAAUUUGGUAAUUGAAUAUCCAACACUUGUGUGUAAUUCCGUUUGUUUUAGAAUUUCUCUAUUGUAAUAACCCGCGGCCAUAGCGUAUAUCAGGCGUACUUAAUUGUAAUAAAAAAAUAAAAUCAUAUCCAGAAAAAUAUAGACAAUACCAAACGUAUAUAAUAUAUAAGUAUAGGUAAUUUAUUAAUAAUAAAUGAUACCUAAUUUAUAAUAAUUAAUUUAUAAAUAUAAAUGUCUAUUCAUUAUCUCUGUUAAGUUUAUAGAUUUAACUAAUUGCUUAACAUAUACUUAACCCUUUGACGAUCAUUGAUGGCGUUUAUGUACGAUUUUAAAAGUGUUUCCAGGGGAAGCGUUGAAGUACGUUUUAUAAGUUUAUACGUGUUUUUUUUUUAUAGGUUGUUAUCUAUUAAAUCGACGUUAUAAAACCCAGGACGACUUAUGUGCUUCUGUUGGCUAUAAUUUGAACUAAAAUAUGAUGUUUAAAGUAAGACAUAUGUUACAUAAGGAAGUCGUCCUUGCUUUGAAAUUUAAAAUCUUUUUUUUCCAUUCCUAAUGGCUAAUCCGCUCUCUGAAUAGCAUCUGUGUAUUCUUAAUUCGCUCCUCAAAGGGUUAAAAGUAUUUCGAAAGCAUUAAAACUGUUUAGUUAAAAUAUGAAAUAAUUUUUGGAACUCUCUUAGCCUGUAAACUGUGAUGUUUUGUAUCAUAAUGUUGGUGAAAAUGUCUAUUCACUUGCAUUCGGGUACUUUAAACGAAAAUAUUAAUUAUGUAAACCGAACUCGGUGAAGGCUCGCUGUAAUAUUUUAACAUAAUAUGUAUAAGCUUUACCUAAUUUGUAUGUAUUUUUCAUAUUAAGCUAUUAAUUAAAAAAUCAUCCUUGAAGUGAAUAAAGUCAAUUAGAAAAAUCAA